CAGCUCCAGCUUCCACGCUGUCAAUUGGCUGCUCCGCCCCUCUGGAUUUCAGCUGCUUCCUGGAUCGCUGCACACCAGUAAUGUGCCCUGCAUGCACGCUCACUCUCGCUGUACGGCUCCAUAAAUGUGACGGGAGUGUGCGCGGUACAUCAGGAGCCAAAGUGCACAAUGUUUGAAGAUUAACGAGGUUAUCGGCGGGUCCGUGGACGUGCACCUACUACUACCACCACUAUUACCAGUGGUAGCGCAGAGUCCACCCAAGCGGACUGACGGGGAAGCAACGAAGGCUGCCACCGCUGUAGCUGCACCGUGAGACGGUACAGGACGCAGCCAUGACCGAGAAACGGAUGUCGCGGUGGUAUUUCGGCGGCUUGGCGUCCUGCGGAGCCGCCUGCUGCACGCAUCCUCUGGAUCUCCUCAAGGUGCACCUCCAAACACAACAGGAAGUAAAGAAGAGAAUGUUUGGCAUGGCUGUCCAUGUGGUGAAGAACAAUGGGGUGCUUGCUCUUUACAAUGGCCUUUCUGCCUCCCUUUGCAGACAGAUGUCCUAUUCGCUGACCAGAUUUGCCAUCUAUGAGUCUGUAAGGGACAUGCUUGGAAACAAAAGCCAGGGCCCCAUGCCUUUCUACCAAAAAGUCAUGUUGGGAGCGUUUGGAGGUUUUACUGGGGGCUUCGUUGGCACGCCAGCAGACAUGGUGAAUGUCAGGAUGCAAAAUGACAUGAAACUACCAGUUGAACUCAGGAGAAACUACAAACAUGCCAUCGAUGGGCUCUUCAGAGUCUUCAGAGAAGAGGGUGUGAGGAAGCUCUUCUCAGGUGCCACCAUGGCGUCCAGCAGAGGAGCCUUAGUCACCGUGGGACAGUUGGCAUGUUAUGACCAGGCCAAGCAGCUUGUGUUGGGAACGGGAAUGCUGGGAGAUAACAUGUUCACACACUUCCUCUCCAGCUUCAUUGCCGGAGGCUGUGCAACGUUCCUUUGUCAGCCUCUUGACGUUCUUAAGACUCGACUCAUGAACUCAAAAGGAGAGUAUACUGGGGUACGGCAUUGCUUACAAGAAACUGCCAAGUUGGGUCCCCUGGCAUUUUAUAAGGGCCUUGUUCCAGCAGGGAUCCGCUUGAUUCCUCAUACAGUGCUCACAUUCAUGUUCCUGGAGCAACUGAAAAAGAACUUUGGGAUUCGAAUUGUCUCCUGAUGGGAAAGUGCGACCGGCCAGUGUUGAACCACUCUGCUGUGAACUUCAGAAGAACGGAAAAGCCAUGGUGGCCUGGGCAUGCUGCUUCCUCUUGCUCUACCUCGACCUUACGUCAUGGCGUGAAGCGAGUGUUUGCACAUUUUGAGGGAUAAAUACUGGAACCAGCUAUUUCUGAAAAAUGAAAAUUCAAAGGUAUGCUGUCAGGAAUAUUGGAAUAGCCUGCUAGCAUAAGAUAAGAGAAACAUGUCCUGUAUGAUUUCAGGUAUGUCAUGUGGUUUUAAUUUCAAUUUUUUUAUUUUUUCUAAAUUUUAGUUACAAGCCUCAGUUGAUGACAUUUUCAUGAAAAUAAUAGACUUUCUUGUGACUUAAACUAAUUUCUAAUGCCAUCAUCUAGAUUUAGACGAAUUCUAUUCAUCCAUUUUUGUGGCGCAGGUGAUGAAAAGCAUGCUGAUAAUAGACUGCUGUUGUAAUAGUUUAUGCCAGGAAAACAAAUGAGUGCCAAAUUAGGUCAACACACAGUAUUGCCACAUAAAUAGCAUAUGUAUUGUUAACAAAUACAACUGAAGUUAAUACGUGUAGUCAGAUAUGUGAUUGUAUGUUAUUCAUUCCCAGCCGUACUGACCAAAUAUCCUUUAUUUUACAUGAGCCUAUUGUUUGGUAUUGUACUUGAUUUAGAACUGGAAGUCAAGUAUUAGUCUAUCCAGCUUUGUGGCUUUAUUCCAUCAAUCUGUUAAUAAUUCACUAACAUCACAUGGUAUUAUAGUAAUGGUACAUUUGGUAAACCCCCAAAUCCCCCAUUUGACUUUUAAAUAGAAAAAUAAAAGAACCCUUUAAUGCAAAUGUUGGAUAGCAGUGGUGCUGAAUGCCUGUCAAUUUAAUGACUUGGGAUCCGAUCAUUUUUGAGAGCUGAACUUUAUUGAAAUGCGGACUAGACAUUACCUAAAUUGUUCGACCCUUGAACUUUUUGGGAAAUGUAAGUGUUGCUGGUUAAAAGAGAACAAUAGUUUUAUAUGUGAUAAAUUGUCGUGAAAAUGUGCCCGUUUGUCCGCCUAGAUGAGAAUCCUUGUCAUGUUGCCUUACUUUGUAUGUCCGCCAGGGGACAGUAUGACAUUGUGCGAUUAGCGUCACACCCAUCAUCAGCCUUGCGCCUUCAUCCCAGGGUAUUUUUUUAUUUAAAAGCCACCAGAUUGACUUGUGCUGCAUGUCCUGGAUAAUGUGACCUAAAGAUCAGCCUUUCUAACCCAACUGUAUGAACACACAACUGUUGCCUUCUGUGUUGUUUAUGCAUUUUUAUUGCAAAUAAGUGAUCAACUUUUUAAUUAAAACACUAAUGAAAAGUGA